ACCUUCUAGAAGACCAAGUAGAAGGAGUGCUGCAAUCUAGUACUGCAUCUGCAGAGUCAUCAUAUUGUUCUGCUAUGCAGGUUGUACAAUAAUCGAUCUGCAAGUUCAUCUACGGAAACCUUGUUAGUUCAAUGUUGCGCGGAUCUCGCUUGGUCAGACCUUUACAUCUUCAGGGUGCAAAAAAGAGGCUUGCCAGUUUGAUAAAGAGGCCUCCAGCUAAUACCAUCUUCUUCUUGGGUUUCCUAAUCAUUGCAGCCAUACUAUCUUCUUUCUGGAUUCACCUUUCGUCUGCGAAUCAAACAGAAGUGAUCACCGACAAGCAUGAGAUAUCCCCCAAAGUAGUCGAGUUUCCACUCAACUGUUCUAUUGGUAUCAAUCAAACACAAUCAUGUCCAACAAACUACCCUAUAGCCUUCUCUACUGAUCGUCUUGACGCAUCGUCCAACACUACAUGCCCGGAUUAUUUUCGGUUCAUCCACGAAGAUCUAAAGCCAUGGAGAGGCACAGGAAUCACAAGGGACAUGGUGGAGAAUGCAAAGAAGACUGCACAUUUUCGGCUAGUGAUUGUUGAUGGAAAGGCUUAUGUUGAAAAGUACAAGAAGUCCAUACAGACAAGGGAUGUGUUCACCAUAUGGGGCAUUUUGCAGCUUCUUAGGAGGUACCCCGGGAAAGUACCUGACUUGGAGCUCAUGUUCGACUGUGAUGACAUUCCGGUCAUCCGAUCACGGGACUACCGUGGACAGAACUCGACACAGGUGCCACCGCUGUUCCGGUACUGUGGUGAUAGAUGGACAAAAGACAUUGUGUUCCCUGAUUGGUCUUUCUGGGGCUGGGCUGAGAUAAACAUAAAACCAUGGGGAAGUUUGUUGAAAGAUGUCAAGAAAGGUAACGAGAGAAGCAAAUGGAUGGAAAGAGAACCUUAUGCAUACUGGAAAGGGAACCCUUUUGUAGCCGAAACAAGGAGAGACCUUCUCAAAUGCAACGUCUCGGAUACACAGGAGUGGAAUGCUCGCUUAUUCAUCCAGGACUGGAUCCUUGAAUCUCAACAAGGCUUCAAGCAAUCAGAUGUAGCAAACCAAUGCACACAUAGGUAUAAGAUAUAUAUUGAGGGUUAUGCAUGGUCUGUUAGUGAGAAGUACAUUCUGGCAUGUGAUUCAGUAACAUUGCUGGUGAAACCAAACUACUAUGAUUUCUUCACUAGAAGUCUGCGACCAGUGCACCAUUACUGGCCUAUAAGGAAUGGGAACAAAUGCAAAUCCAUUAAGUUUGCUGUAGACUGGGGAAACAAUCACAAACAGAAGGCACAAGCAAUUGGGAAAGCAGCAAGCAACUUCAUUCAGCAAGAACUGAAGAUGGACUAUGUGUAUGAUUACAUGUUUCAUCUACUAAGUGAAUAUGCCAAACUAUCCAAGUUUGAGCCAAGAAUACCUGAAGGAGCUACACAUUUGUGUGCAGAGACUCUCGCUUGCCCUGCAGAUGAGUCACAAAAAAAGUUCAUGACCGAGUCGUUGAUGAAGAGUCCAUCUAUGACCAGCCCCUGCAUUGUGCCGCCUCCUUAUGAACCCCAGGAUCUUGGAAACCUUUAUAGGAAUAACAUCAAUUUAAUCAAACAAGUAGAGAUGUGGGAGGACAAGUACUGGGAGAGUAUCCAUAAUAAGCAGCAGUAACAUCAACUUUUACAAUUACACUGAGCACAUAUAUAGAUAACUAUUGCUUAGCAAUGUCAAUUCAAUGUAAAGCACAUGAUCAAGUUAAUCCUUUCGUCAUCACCUAUGUAGUACUGGUCCGAGAACCCAUGUUACCUGCACACAUCUCAUUUUGCCUUACAUGCUUGUUACAGUUUGCCUUGCCAUUUCGGCUAGGCAUGGAUGAAAAUAUCUUUCCCCUUUGAUUGUAUUUACCUUUCAAUUACUCUGGAGUAAUAACUCUCAUAGUUUACAGAGUGCUGCAGUAAGACAAUUCUCCAAAGUCUGAGCCGUCAUGAAUAAAGAUGCUUUCUUUU